GGGAAAUUUACUUAAACGGAAAACAGCUGUCAAUGAGGUAAACAAUAAAUUAAAAAAAAAAAACUAAAUGCAGACACACAAAUUAAAAUGACAAGCUCAGUCGGCAAAGGUUGGACUGCUGGCCUUUUAUAUACCAUUAAAGAUCCUAAGAAUCUUAUAAUAUCAUCAGAAGAUGCUGUAGUGAUACACGACAAGUAUCCCAAAGCAAAGCAUCAUUAUCUUGUACUGCCAAAAGCCGACAUACCGGAUAUUUUUCAUCUAAAUAAAAGCCACUUACCAUUGCUAGAGGAACUAUUUCUGCUUGCACAAAAUGUGAUUGAGGCGAAGCGUUGCCAAUUAGAUGAUUUCAAAAUUGGAUUUCAUGCACAGCCUAGCAUGCAACGUUUACAUUUACAUGUAAUCUCCAAAGAUUUCGUAUCAGACUGUCUUAAAACCAAGAAGCACUGGGCUAGUUUCAACACAAAAUUGUUCCUAUACUAUCAAGAUGCGUAUGCGCUGAUAAAAGCAGGAGAUCGGAUCCAACGACUUAACAAAGAAAUAGUGCAACAAUUAUAUGACUCUCCACUGGAAUGUAAUCAGUGCAAGUUUGUGGCAAAAAACAUACCCGACUUAAAACGACAUCUACUAGAUCACUGGACUCAGAAGCAAUAACAAGUCGUAUCAACAAUAAUAAUUAAAAAUAAUGCGCUAUGGAUUAAAUACUUAACAUAUUUAUUAGUAAUUUUACAGAAAUUAAAAUAUUUCCUCUUUACUUAACAUAACGGCAUUUUACACGCGAAUACAUUCAUUACAUCGUCAACGGUCAAAGGGUUUAGGGGGAACUGGAAAUGGUAAUGUCGAAGAAAACUUUAGCUGUAAACAAUUAGUGCAUACAAAACGGAGAAACGUUUAAAAAGCGGUCUCCUUAAUUAAGAAUGAAAGCAAUGAUCGAUUUGCUACAAAACCAUAUACAUUUGCAACUUGAUGUUUUUUAUAUUUUACCAAUAUUUUUGGGCACACUUUUCUCUUUCUCAUUUCACCGAAAUUUAUAUUUUUAACCCGAGAGAUCACCAUGAUCAAAAAGUGAUUGAUCAUAUAGCUCAGCAACGACGCGGCGUCCACCAAAGAAGCGUCCGUGUAAAGCAUCACGUCCACGCAUUGCUUCAAUAGCACUUGAAAACUCUACAAAUAUUUUAACAAUUAUUUCGGCUUCUUCAUCAUCUUCGUUCUCCGUUUGUUUUUCAUUGAAAAUUAUCACACGGCUUACAGUGCCGAACUUUGUGCAUUCUUCUUGUAUCUCCUCUUGCAGUGUUUCGUCUACAUCCUCUGGACCGACCAUGUUACGCAGUAUGAUCACACGUGACUCUUGUGGUCGCAUUAGCCGCUGCAUAACCAGUUGCCGUGCGCUCUGGCCCUUAAUCGACAUAUUCUCCUGCUGCUGUAGCGUCUGCGUUUCACCCUCAUCCAUUAAUUUCUUUUGCAAUUCCUCCUGCUGUGCCUUCUCGUGCGCCUUUUUCAGUUGCUCUGAAUUGGCAGAUUGUAAAUUAUGCAUUGCUGUCACAUUAUUCGCGGCAGCCACGGCGGCUGCGGCAUUUGCACUUACUGCCGCGGCUGCGGCAGCUGCUGCUUGUUGGGCGGCUUCAGCACCCAAUACUGUACCAGCACCAAGAUUACCGAUUGCAGCCAUUGUAGGAGCGCCCAUAGUUGGUGUUGCUAGUAGUGCGGCUUGUGUAACAACAACUGGUGCAGCAGCAGUGGUCACAUUUGGUAUACCAGGUGCGGCACCCAAUAGAUUUGGUGGUAGUGCUGCUGGCGCUUGGAAGACGCCAGCGGGUAGGAAUGCAGCGGUACCGACAGUAGCAGCAGGUACGGCAAGCCCUGGUGGAUGUAAUGCACUGGCAGCAGCGAUUGGCAAUGCGCCAACCUUAGCCGCCGCAGCUAAUGGUGAAAUACCCAGCGCGGGAGUAGCUGCAGAAAGGCCAAGCACGGCGUUGCUGGCGACUGCAUCAAGUGCCUGUAUCUUAGCGGUAGCGGCAGCGGCAGCAACAGCAGCGGCUGUGGGCAUUGUCGAAUUUGUUGAAGCGCAUACCAAAGCAUUAGGCGGUGUGAUCGAACGGCCCACUCU